AUGGCUAAAAAUGUGUUUUUCGGACUCAGGGAGAGCUCUGAAACGUACAGAUCCUUCGGAUGUCGGAAAUUUGACCCGAUCGCAAUACUUUCCUUACCUAGUAUAGGUAUGAAAGUCCGAGUCGCCUACCGGGCCACCGAGCUGGGCUACACGAACAAAGUGGCCUGCAAGGUGAUCAACAAGAAGAAGGCGUCGAAGGACUUCGUGAGCAAGUUCCUUCCGCGGGAGAUCAGCAUCGUCCGGUCGAUCCACCACCCGCACAUCGUGUCCGUCUACAGCGUGGUGGAGCUGAACGACCUGGUCUACAUGUUCAUGGACUACUGCGAGAAGGGGGAUCUGCUGGACCACAUCAGGACCAAGGGGUCUGUGGCGGAGUCCCGGGCCAAGUUCAUGUUCAGGUAA